AUGAUAGGUCAUUUAGUUGGGCGCACAUGUUAUUCAUCGUCAACGGUGACAGCAUCAUGUUUAAGAAAAACAACAACAAUAUGUUCACGUCAUAUGACUUCAACAUUACCUGUUAUUAGAAAUAAUCAAAAAUUAUCUAAUACAAUUAUUAAUUACGGUCAUCCAAUUAUUACUCAGUCUAAACUGGCACGAAUGCUUAAUAAUUAUGCAUUGUUUCGUACAGUUCAAUCAUUAGUACGUAAACGUAGUUUUGAAGCUAAUGAUACAAUGUCAGACAUAAUAACAAAAAGUGAAUUUAAUUUUACACAGGGCGUAAAAGAAAAGGAAAAUUUAAAUAUAUCACAAAAAUCAAUAGAAAAAAUACAAAGUAUGUCUAAAAAUAUGCGUGUUAAUUCAAAAAAGAAGAAGCGGACAGAUUGUCAGGCGAAAACUACAGUUCUAGUGUACUGAAGCAAACAAGGCUCUGCAAUCUAUGAAAACACAAACAGGGCUAGCAGUGUAUGAUAUAGCGCAAUGAUUAAGACUGUUAGACACAAUGAUGUAGCUAAGGAGGGCUUGAUAAACCUGAAAUUAUUCAAGGUGUUAAAAAUUGCUUUAUUGCUCUCCAGUAUUUAUAUCCCACAGUGGGGAAAGGUCUCAUGCGGUGUUUCUGAUUGUUUUAUCGCCUCGCGUGGAUUAAACUUUGUCCAGAAGUCUGUAGGACAACUCCCAUGAGAAAGUUCGUACUAAAAAACUUCUAAAAACUUUUGACAGAAAGAGGUUCAGUAAGCCAAAAUAAAAUUUUUUUGGACAAUAGAGUAAAAUUCUCCUUGUUGCGAUGGUGGAAGAUACAAAACCUUUUUUGUGUUUAUUUCUACAGUGUAGGCUCCAGCAAUAGCUUAGAUACGACUGCAAAGUUUAUGGUGCAGGAAAGAUGCGUAGGAUGGGGAUGAUUGAAAAAUUGUAUCCGCUCCAUUUAUACUGGAUGUUGCUAUUAUUCCUUGCAGUUGUUUUAGUAACUAUGCAAGGAACAUAAAGAAGCCGCAGCCAAUUUUUUGUUACAAAUAUUUACAUACAUCUUGGUGAACGUUCUAUACUGUUGCGUUAGUGUGUCCAGGCGUUUUCUUUUCAAAAAGUUCGAAUUGUAUAAACUUUUUGUGGGAUUUUAGUAUAGAGUAUUUAUGCUCUAUCCGUAGCCAGUAAAUAUUCUAUAGAGAAAGGUAGUGCUCCGAUAGGGAGUUUAUCUUUUAAUGUUCAACGUGUGCGGGAUUAAACAUUUUUCGUUUGAUAAAUAAAAGGACCUGUUGCAAUAAGGACACUUUCCAUUUCACAUAUUUUUAAACUUCUAAAUAGCCACAAAAAUUCGCCAUUGAAUUCUGAGCAAUGUGAGAUAGACAGAUUUCCGGUAGACACCUUCCC